AUUUAGCUAAUAAUGAUGUGUUUGACGGUGAUUAACGUCCUGGGAGAUUUACCACCGGGUACUAGACGUAACAGCAAUGAAUAUUUGCCACCGGAACCAACAAAAGGAUACAAUUACAAUACACCAUCGGUACCAUUUCCACGACCAACUCCAGGAUUUCCAGGAUCUCGACCGACGGCUUCCUUUCCGGUAGGACCAACAAGACCUACCCCAACAUUCCCAACAGGACCAUCGAGACCUCCAACUCAGCAACCUGGACGACCGGGAGGUGGAUAUCCAACUCCAGGUCCACGACCUACUCCUGGUUUUCCUACACCGACAAAGCGACCCCCAACUGGGGGCUAUCCUGGACCAGGUCCACGACCCACUCCCGGAUUUCCGGAUUAUCCUGGUCAACCCUCUGGCAAUAACGGCAAUACUGUACCGGGGCAUGAACAUCACCACGAGCCGGGAAUGCCCUUUGACUUUAAUUAUGCGGUUAAGGAAGACGCAUUUGGUAACGAUUAUUCGCACAAUGCUAUUAGUGACGGAGACAUUGUAAAAGGUGAAUACCGAGUUCAACUUCCGGAUGGACGCACGCAAGUUGUUCGUUAUACAGCUGACUGGCAACACGGGUUCAGCGCUCAGGUUUCUUAUGAGGGAACACCACGUUUGGAUCUUCAACGACCUGGUGCUGGUCCUUUCAGGGGUUAUUAA